GGGUGCCCGGGGGACACAUUUUUGGAUACCUGGGUGACACUCUUUGUGCCUGGGUGACAUUUCUGGACACCUGUCUGUCCCUCUGUCUGUCCCCUGUCUGUCCCAUCCUGUCCCCACCGUGGCCACAGGCCUACAACGGUCACUGUGAAGCGCUGAAGGCGCUGGCCGAGACUCUGGUGAACCUGGACGUGCGGGACCACAAGGGCCGCACCGCGCUCUACCUGGCCACGGAGCGCGGCUCCAGCGAGUGCGUGCAGGUGCUCACCAGCCACGGCGCCUCCGCCCUGCUCAAGGAGAGGAAGAGGAAGUGGACGCCUCUCCACGCUGCAGCUGCCAACGGGAACACGGAUUCCCUGCACCUCCUGAUCGACAGCGGCGAGCGUGCCGACAUCACCGACGUCAUGGACAUCCACGGCCAGACCCCGCUGAUGCUGGCCAUCAUGAACGGCCACGUGGACUGCGUCCACCUCCUGCUGGAGAAGGGAUCCACGGCCGACGCCGCCGACAAGAGGGGCCGCACCGCGCUGCACCGAGGGGCCGUGACAGGCUGUGAGGAUUGCCUGGCUGCUCUGCUGGACCACGAUGCCUUCGUCCUGUGCCGGGAUUUCAAGGGCCGGACCCCGAUCCACUUCGCCUCGGCCUGCGGCCACCUGGAGGUGCUGCGGACGCUGCUGCAGGCCGCGCUCUCCACGGACCCGCUGGACUCGGUGGUGGACUACAGCGGCUACUCACCCAUGCACUGGGCUUCUUACAGUGGUGAGAGCCUCCCUCCUCUUCCUCGUCCUGAUCCUCGCCUCCCGCGCUGCUGCUGCUGGGAAAGAUGGCAGGAAUCGCUUCGCUCCCCCCUGCCAGGCUCCUGAGGGAAGGGCGAGGUUUUAAAAUGGGGAGAUGGGUUUUAGGGUGGCUGCGGGACUGGGAGGCCUUCAGGGCGUGUGUGGGGUUAAAAACCUCCUCAGGCUGCUGCCAGCUGGGAAAUGGAUUCUCUGAGAAGGGUUGGAUGCUUCUUUUGGGGCUUUGGAUUUUUGGGAAGCUCUUUUGUCCUGCUGAGGCCCCUCCAGCGCUGGGGGCAGCUCUGGAAAUGCUGGAAAUGUGAGGGACAAAAAGGGUGGGAAACAUGAGGGGAGGAAACAGCAGGAAA